UGUCUUUGUUUAAAUACGCAGGAUCACUUAAAGCGCCUAGGCUGUCAGCUGCCUAAUUCGUUCUGAAGAACAAGACUAAACCUAUUCUGUGCAUUGUUCCCUGCAUGUGAUUAGUCAGAUUGUCGAUAUCAAAGUGAAUAUAACUACCAGUGUCCUACAUUUGUCUCUACCUGUUUCUACUGAUUGAGACUAGUUGGUUUGAAAUGCCCCUGUCUUUAUUAGCUUUUCAGCAUUCAUUAUGAACACUUUUUAUUUUAAUUUAGAGGUUGGUUAGGAGCUGGUUGUAGUUCGGUAUCUUAGAGAAGGUUCUAGUUUGCGCAAUGCCAGAAACUGUUGCUGUGAAAAGUUUUAAAGAUGGGCAGCAAGAGGAACAAGAGUUGGCCUCCAAAGCUCUUCGUAUACAAAAUAAACGAUUCUACUUAGAUAUCAAGCAAAAUAAGAGAGGUCGCUUCGUGAAAAUAACUGAAGUCGGCAAUGGAGGACAGAAAUCGCGCAUCUUGAUGUCAAUGCCUGUUGCUCUGGAAAUGAAAGAAAAAAUUAACAAACUUAGUGACACAUAUAGCCAACUUCCAUCUCACAAUCGCGAGUCACUCGCACAAGAUGGGCGCAUUGCGUCUGACAUUAUUGUUCGUGAUAGCAGGCGCUAUUAUCUUGAUCUCAAGGAAAAUGAACGUGGUCGUUUCCUGCGUCUUGCUAUGCUUUCUAUGGGCGUUCGUGUUCAGAUUGCAAUCCCAGCUCAGGGUAUGAUCGAAUUGCGCAAUGCAUUGACUGAUCUUAUACAAGGCUAUUCAGGAGAUAUGGAAAAUGAUAUAUUUUCAGACUUACCUGAAUCUAAAGUACUCUUUGUAGGCAACAAGACAUUUUAUUUCGAUGUUGGUUCUAAUAGAUUUGGUGUAUUUCUGCGUAUAUCCGAAGUUCGUGCUAACAUUCGUUCCUCAGUCACAAUACCUGAGCAACAUUGUACGCGAUUUUGUGAUAUUAUUACUGAGCUGGCAAACAAAAUGUCCAAUCAAAAGCUAACUAAUGGAGUGUCUGAGAAUGGAAACAAUUCUGACCAACCAGAAGAAAAAGCUGAAGAUGAUGUAAAAGAAGAUACGAAUGGGGAUUCGUCGGUCGCAUCUUAAUGCGUUUUAUAUGAUCUCAGAAAUGUUGUAUGGCAUUGAUUGUGAUGGGGGCUAAUGGUGUUCAUUACCCGUUUUACUUACAAAUGUCCUAUUUUAUCUCCCUUUUAUGGCCAUCCAAUUAGGCUGGACCGUUUUAUAUAAUAAUUGUUUUAUUUUUUAUGUAAAUUAGUUUUUUUUAGACAUACGCACAUUAGUUUGCAUUUAUUUAACUUGUUUUUAUGCGCAUGUGCUUAAUAGUCAUAUGUAUUAUUAUUUAUAUUUGUGUGACUUGUUCUUCUCCAUAUUAUACAUAAUAUGAAUAUUCAUUUUUUUCUGCAGCUUUUAUGUGACUUUAAUAUAUAUAAUAUAAUUUGUCGUGUUAGUUUUCUUAUAUUAA